UCGAAGUGGCUUGGGUUGUGGUUUCUUUGCGUGGGGGCCGCGGGACGGUGGGGAGGGAAGGCGGCGGAUGCGUUUUUCGGGUCUGCGCUCCCGGGCGCAGCUGGGCAGCCCGCGCGCUCGGCCCUUUAAGCGAGGCUCCGCCCCGGCGCCGCCCCUCCCGCACGGCCCAGCCGCCGCCAUGAUCUGCUUGGUGCUGACCAUCUUCGCCAACCUCUUCCCCGCGGCCUGCAGCGGCGAGCACGAGCGCACGUUCCUGGCCGUGAAGCCCGACGGAGUGCAGCGGCGGCUGGUGGGCGAGAUCGUGCGGCGCUUCGAGAGGAAGGGCUUCAAGCUGGUGGCGCUGAAGCUGGUGCAAGGCUCCGAGGAGCUGCUGCGCGAGCACUACGCCGAGCUGCGCGGACGCCCCUUCUAUAGCCGCCUGGUCAAAUACAUGAGUUCGGGGCCCGUGGUGGCCAUGGUGUGGCAGGGGUUGGAUGUUGUGCGCGCCUCGCGGGCGCUCAUCGGAGACACCAACCCGGUGGAAGCCUCUCCAGGCACAAUCCGCGGGGAUUUCUGCGUGGAGGUUGGCAAGAACGUGGUUCAUGGCAGCGACUCAGUGGAGAGUGCCCGCCGUGAGAUCGCGCUCUGGUUCCGCGCCGACGAGCUUCUGUGCUGGGAGGACAGCGCUGGGCACUGGUUGUACGAGUAGCCCGUCCACAGGGGUGGUGGUGGUGGUGGUGUGGAGUCUGACGUUGCUAGCUCCGAGGGAGGCGGCUAGAGCUUCUGGGUCCCCACAGCAGUAGGACAAGCCAACACUGCAUGGCUGCUUGGCGAGCAGAGCUCCCAACCCCCUCCACCCCCCAACCCCCAGCAGGGCACAUCCUGGUUCUCAGCCCGCUUCCAUUUCUUUUCAUAAUAAAUUUCGGAA